AUGUUCUCCAAAGCAAUUGUUACCCCCACCGGUGUCAUCGCCGGCAAACUGAGGCUUCGAUUCCGUGGACUGUUCCAAAAAGUUCACGCUAUCCAGGACGUCGACGUCUCGGUGCCCACGACCGCUGCGCCACUCCCCAAAACCGACAAACUCCCCGCCCUCGCCUCCACCGUCAUCGCUACCGCCGCCUUCACUAUCCCUCACUCCUCUCAAACCUCCCAAACCUCCUCCUCCGAGUCCGAAUACUCCAACGAACUUUCCGAGGUUUCUUCCCAGACUGACAGCGCGAGCGAGCCGUCGACGAGAGAGUUCCCCGUCACCCCUCGCAACGAUCAGUCUCCUCAGAGUUCCUACGACUUCGACUCGGCCCCGUACGACAACAACUAUGAGGCGUCGGUAUUUGGUGGUGUGGCAUGUGGAAAGGAGUAUCAUAAGGAAUUAGACGAGCUCGAUGGUGAAGAGCUCGAGGGUACCGGUAUGUAUGCUCAGUCCGUCGAAUCGUUUGAGGGUGAAUCGGAUUCGCUUGGUGUGGGUGCUUGGUUCGGCGGGGCUUGCGAUGAGGAGGAUGAGUACGAUGAUGGUGACUACGAGUACGAGGACGAUGGUGUUGUCGAGGGGCUUGUUGAUGAGGAGCCCGAUGUCGAUACGUACGAGAUAGAGCCUGUGUCAGGCUAUUACCUGGAGGUGAAGUGUGUCAACCUCGUUUUUGGAGAUAUGGUUCGGGUCGCGCCAGAGUGUCGUCCGGGUCUUUGUGGCAUUGUACCGGAGGUCGUCGGGGCUGUUGCUGGUGUUGACUAUUGA